AUGUCCACCUCAUCCUCGCCAAAUUCGAACUCACCCUCAACGACUCUAGUGUCGCCAAUGGAACUCAGACACAUGACUUCGAAUCCCAAUGUUCACGGUCAAAGCAGCCAUAAAGCUUCGAACCGCCAUUCUCAGCUUCUCCAAGCGUCUACAGGAAGAUUGGGCUCGAAGUCGCCCGUCUCGAUACCGUCGUCGCCAACCUCAGUACAUUCGUCCUCAUCGGCAAUAUUCGAGCGUGAUAUUGAACCCAUUCCUUGUCCUUCACCGCCUCAUGCCCACCAUCCCCCAAACCCUCAUCGGAUCCCGCGUUCAAAAACUACGGAGACAAUAGAACAGUCCGUGCCUUCCGUGCUCGAUGCUGCGGCCUCGAUCCUAGCAUCGUCAUCACCUGACGAUGAAGACCAGAUAUCGGUCGUGGCGCCAGCAACGAACAGAGAUACCAUGCGAAGCAGCGGGUUUGCCAGCCCAAUUGGAAGCUUCAGAUCAAGAAGUCCGAGCCCGAUAGGCAGUCCCGGGAAUCGCGCGAGUCUCCUCCUCAGUCUUCCUCAAGUCAACCCGCAUUCCCCGUCCGUUGUUGUACCGUUGUCAGCGGCCGCGCAGACCGCCAGCCCGGCCUUAUCGACUGCCACAUCUCCACAACAAAGCAGCCCAAUCGCUGUGCCAAGGCCACUCAUUCAAACUCAAUUACCAUCCAACCAAAGCACCACCCCUGCAAUUGUCACACCGACGUCAGCGUACUUUUCAACAUCAUCAUCAGUGGACACUACCGAGUCUUCUCCGACAACUACCACCCGUGAGCACCCAGGCCAAGCGUUGCCGACGCAAUCGCCAUCCGGAUCUCCCCCUACUCACCCCAUCACGCACUCGCCACAGCGACGUUCGCCGUCGACCAGUUCUAUCCUGCAAUCGAAUGGGGCUGCUAACUCUCCCACCUCAUUCGCAUCUUCUCACCCUCCGUCGCCGACGCACAAGGCAAACAAGCGCUUGUCCUUUAUGUCAUACUCGGACCUACUCUCGUCCACUCCAGCACUUGCCUUCCCUCUUUCAGCCUUGACCACUUCCGCUUCGUCGGUGGAGCCUCCCCCUCAUAUCCCCUCUGUGUCUGGAUUCACUCAGACAGCGAGCGCAGCAGCAAGCUUGAGGGACUUUGCUCUCGGCCCGGGCGGCGGUAACGUUAGAGACAGAGAUAGCAUCGCGCUGCUGGAUGAUGUUGGUGGGGAGUGGGAACGCGAAGGCAUGGGUCAAGGGUUGGAGGAACGGCUGGAGGCACUUAUGUCUCUCCAGCAAAGCCCGAUCGGUGCAACGUAA